UAACCACCCAGAUGACGAGGACGAAGAGGACGACGAAGGCUUAGGCGAAUACAGGCCUCAUGAUGCUGGCAGUGGUUAGCGACUUAGCAGAGACGAUAUGCGUUUCCGCAAACGAACCUAUGUACUAUGGUUGGAGUCGGACGAACUGCGGUGGCUUGCAUACAAGAAAGACAUGGAUAUGGAGUGGAAGGAUAUAUUUGAACUCUUUCUGGAUCGAACCCCAGGCGCAGUACGGACACGCUGGCACAUACUACAAGGGAAACGAUCCGUCGAUGCCACCAACCUCCUUGGCUUACCAGCGACGAACACAGAUGCUGUUGCUCCGCGGGACGAUGGCCGUUCGAGCGAGAGCUUAAGCGACGAUGACAACAACGGUGAACAUCUGAAAAACAAUGAAACGAGCCGUCAAGGCAAGAAAGCGAAGAGCCAUACAUCGACCGAACGGCCACAGAAGCGUCUGCGAACCCAAAACUCUCUCCAGACGAGGCCUCACGAGCGGGGCAAGAAACAAAGGCGACUUCUAGAAGAUGAAGUCCUAUCCUCCCGCGCUUCGCCUGAGCCUUAUUCUAAACAAAUCCGGAGGGAGCUGUAAAAAGAAGUGAGAGGGAACUCUCGUGUUUUUUGGGAACGGGCUUGUUCCUGCGUCUGGGUUGAGGGCAGUGGGGCCGGUCGU